AUGCUCUCGAUUUCCACUCUCUUUUGUGCUGGAGUCGUUUACACGUUGCUGACGAGAAACACGAAAGACGCGCGAGCGGCCACUUUCUAUAUGUGCUCGUUGCAUUUUGGAUUCAAAGUUAUUGUCUAUGGAGUUUCCUUUGAAGCACGCCACAUAUGCAAGUCAAAAAAAGAAUGGCCGACAUCGGGAAAACACAUUCUCGCACAAUUCGACGACGAUUCGAUCAUCGUAUAUCAGGCCUACAAUCCGUUAAUAGCUGAAGCAAUCGUCAAGUCGCAGAAUUUCCACUCGAUCGAAUGCCAGAAAAGUGGAUACAGCAUGUCGAGAAUGACGUGGAUCAAAACGAACUUUUUAUGGAUGAUGUUUCGAUCGGGCUGGGCAACAAAGCCAAAUCAAGAGCGAAUUUUGGCGUUGAGAUUGCGACGCGACGGCUUUGAGAUGAUGCUUUCGAAGGCUGUUUCAUCGAAAACUGGCGGAGAAUCGUCAAAAGGGGACGGGGUUCGACUCCAAUGGGAUCCCGAUCAUCAUCCAAGUGGCGAGUGUCUUUCAAAGAUGAAAUUUCUCGUGAUUGCCUGCGCUUCCUUGACCGUCGCCCUUGCACAAACGGGAGCCACUGGGACCCCAGCACCGACCGGACAUCCCGUCGAUCCAUGCCAGAUCUGUGACUAUAUCAUUCAACAAGCCGCUCACCAUUUGAGCAAGGGAUACACCGAAGACCAACUCCAGAAGGAACUCGUUUCUGACUGCCAAAGUUUGACAAAAUUCUAUGGGCCUGAUGUGGUCGCCGAUUGCACGACUACCGUCACCACCAACAUUGACACAAUUUACAAUGACUUGAAAGCCGGCAAAGAAGGUCACUCAAUUUGUAUCGACAUUGGCAAAUGCGUUCACCCAUCUCAUCCCACUGGAGCCACCGGAGCACCAACAGUCACCGGUGCGCCAGUGACCAUGCCGAUGGCCAACCGAGCUUACCGUCGCAAUUUGGAUAGUGGACUGGCAAUUCUAAAAAUGUCUUUCAUGGAGCCAAUGUCUUUUGGUGAGGAGAGAGAAAUGAGCACUUUUCAUGAGUUGCAAACGGUGCGCAAGGAGGUGCAACGAGAAGUUCCAAUGGAUUCCUCGAUUGUCUCAUCCUUAAGUGACCCGAUCGCCGACUCUUGCGCUGCAUCGAAUUCCGGGAACUCAUUCAUCGAUGAAAAUGCUUCUUUUGUGAGUCAGGAUUCGGGAGCUGAUUCAUUCUUGAGGCCUUCAUCGCCAAAUUCCACCGCCAAUACCUCGAUCAUUUCGACAGCUUCACAAAAAAGACGCAAAGCUUUGAAAACAUCAACUGACAGCGGUUUACCGUCAAAGUGCCGAAAAUGUUUGAAAGUGAUCGAGUUUCGCAAUCGAAGUCGCCACUCAGCUUUUCACUCAAAGAUCUUUCGUUUUAAAUGCUCUGAUUGUGAGUACAAGGCUCAUUUGGCACAAAACGUCCGUACACACAUUCGAAUGGUUCACAAAGGAGUGGGAGAGGUUGUCGAGAAUAAAUCUCUAGAGCUGGCCAACGAAUAUCUCCGCACCUAUGCUGAAUGCUUUGGCGAGAAGAAGACUCGACACUCGCUCGAGAUCUUCAGUGGUCGAAAAAGCGUCGACGAGGCAAGCUACUUUGAUGACUCUGGGGUUACAGUCGGCUCUUUCGACAGCACUUUCUCUUCCCAGGGAUCUUACAUGCCGGACGAGUUCGAGAAAACUUUAGAGAUCAUUGGUGAACAAACCGUUUCCGCGCGAACCAUGGAGUCGAUCAUUACUCGAGGCACCAAAACCUACAAGUGCACGAGAUGUGCCCGUUUCGUUGGCCGCACAAAGAUCCCAUGCCAUGCAGCAAUUCACUCAUCCCGUAAACGCUUCAGAUGCAGUGAAUGCGGAGUUUGUCACCAUUCUCGUGCUAAUCUCAAGACUCACAUUCGACUCUGUCACGAGAACAAAGGAGAGGUGCUCGACGAGGCCGAUGACGCUCUCAUCGACGAGAUCAAAAGCCUUGAGAGAGAAUGUUUCCCCGAUGCUGCGCUAGUGCAGAGAACUCGUCGAAGUGCACCUUCAAGAGCCCAGAAAGAUACUGUCAAGAAGACCGUGAAGAACCAAAAGAAAAGCUGCAAAUUGGUGGAAAGUGCUGAAGAUGACGAGGAUUCAAAUGGAGAAGAAAUUUCUCAAGAACUCUCAACCCUACCUACCAAGAGAUCAACUCGAAAUGUGAAGUCACUAGACUACGAGAGUUUCAAUUACGAGGAACUCGAGCACGACAGCGCGGAUGAGUCUGAU